AUGUGCAAUGGUGCAUUUAUUGACAAAAGUGCUAAUGAGGCUUGGACUUUCUUAAUCGAAGUAGCUGAAAGACUCACAGUGGCAGUCAUCCGUGAACCUAAAAAUAUUGCCCCUGUAGCUAAUGUCCACAGGAUUGAAUUUGAUUUUGAGGGAAAUACAAAAAUUGCGUCUUUGGCUAGGAGAGCUAAUGCUUUAUAUCAUAAGCAAGAGAACAAUCCUUAUUCUCAGACCUACAACCCAUGGUGGAGGAUUAACCCUAAUUUUUCAUGGUGUAAAGGGGUCGUACAAGGGGGUACAACGAGUAAUAACCAAGGAUAUUCAUAUCCUAGAAACUCCCAAGUACAAUCACACUCUCAGUACCCUGUAAAGAAAAAGCUUAGCUUUGAAGAUAGUGUCGGCCUGUUGACCCAAAAUCUUUUACAACUUCAAAAGACCACUGACCAACGUUUCACAAGUCUAGAACUUAAAAUAGGUCAAAUCUGUGAUGCACUAAAUGAGAGAGAAAAAAGAAAACUCCCUAGUCAACCUCAACAAAUUCAGAAAAGUGCAUUUCAGGCAAGCACCUCAACUUGUAAUGAGACUUCACAUAAUCAGGUAAAUGCUGUCACUACCCUUCAUAGUGGUAAAGUUGUUGAGAACAAUAUAGGUGUCCCUCAGUCACUUGAGUCUAAAUCAGACUCACCGGUGCAUACAACUCCACAGAAAACACCCGUUGUGGAAAAGGAAUCUGAGCAUGAUAGUGACUCUAAGAAUUUCACUGAUGUUAAUGGCCCUGCACCAUCUAAUGUUCCUGUCGCCCCAUUCCCUCAAAGAUUGCGGAAGCUUCAUGUGGAUAAACGCGCCUUUCUCACUGAGCAGGUGAGUUCAAUUAUUCUAAACAAGACCCCACCUAAGUUUAAAGACCCAGGUCUUGGGGAGCUGAACCCCAUUCAUGUUACGCUACAGUUAGCGGACAGAUCUGUGAAAAUCCCUCGUGGACGUCCUUUCUUGGCAACGUCCAAUGAUAUCAUAAAUUAUCGUAAUGGAGUGUUGAAUCUGUCUUUUGGUAACAUGAUCGUAGAAAUAAAUGUUUUUAACAUUAGUCAACAACCCAUGGAUUGUAACGAUAGUGAUUUUCAUGAGAUUAACAUGAUUGAGAGUUUGAUCCAAGAAUCAUUGCCCGAUAUCUUAUCUGUGGACCCUUUGCAAGCUGUUUAG